CUUGCGGAAAUUGCCGCUCUUGCCAACUCCGUCCAACGUGCAGUUGCCCGGCUCGAGUCAACCCCGCAACCCCUUUGGAUUCCUAGGUGCAUGUAGCUGAGCCAUGGGAAAAUCCGACAAAAGGACGGGGUCACAAAGAGAAGCUAGUACAAAUCUGGUGGGCAAAUUUACGCAGAGUGUGAGACGGAUCGUGCAAGAUGUUAAAGAUGAAGGAACUGCUAGCGGGCUUUCAAAGGAGGAAGUGAUUGAAACAAAUGAGAGGCUGCGUGCGGUCAGAUUUCGUCUUGAAGAGUCUUAUGACACGGCAAAAAAAGCUCUCGUAGGCCUUAUGUCAAAGUACACCGACAGCAAAAGUGUUCGUAAUGUGUUCCAACGAUACACAAUGCUUAAAGCUAUGAUCAAGGAGGUCAUACGGUUAGAAACCCAGUACUGGACCCUGGUCGACAUUCCAAAACAAGAAAAACAAGAGACAGUGCCUGCUUUCGUCCUCCGAGCCUGCGCAAUAAUGGAAAAAACUCAAAAGUCUGGAGAAGGCGUGAAGACAGCAGCGAAACUUGCUGAAGAAGCUGAAAAGAAAAAAGAAUUGCUUGAACGAUUAAGCUACAUGGCUACAGCACAGAUAGAAGCAGAAAAUACACAAUUGACCAAUGACUUGUACCGUCUGUUGAAAAAAUAUUCCGGUCUUAGAAACAUCAUAAGGGAACUAAAGACAGAAUACGUUAACUCAAAGGUUUAUCCAAUCUUUCCCCGUUAUACAAUUUUAAAAGAUUUAAUAAAAGACAUCAUGCAUAACCCAGAUUACAUGGAAGUGUGCCACGAGGUUGAUCCAGUUUAGUUUGACUAUCAGUCUAGAAUGAUAACCAGAAGAAAAAAGGGGGAUGACUUGAAAUUGCCAAAGAUUGUUCUAUUAAUAAUUUGUUCCACAUUCUUACACUUGUGGAAAUUUGUAAACUAAGAUAUUAGUGUAUUGGAUUAAAUAAAAAAGAAAAAGAAAUAAAAUGUGUACCGAUUGGUACAAUACUGUGUACAAUCAAAUAUUUUUAUCAGCAUUAUUAAAAUAGUAUUUAAGCUACUGUUGAACACCAAUUAUCUGGUGAAAAUUUUAUAAUUCAAUAUUGAAUUGUCUAAUAUCAUAUGUCUUA